AUGUUUGGCCGGGUCUUGCUUACCCUCGACGGCAUCCUGCUGCUCUUCGGCGCGUACCUUGCCGAUUGGAAUGAGACGCACAUCCACAACCCGCGAUGGCCUCCGCACGCCAAAUUCCACAACGCCCAGACGAUGACGCUCUCCCUCAUCCUCGGCCUCGCCACGCUCUUCUUCACAUGGCGGCCCACCACGUCGCCCGAAAUGGCCAAGGAGUCGUUCCGCAUCGCGGGGUUCCUCGGGUCCAUCUACUGGGUGGCCGGGUGGGCGUCGCUGUUGUAUCCGGGGACGGACGGCCUCGAUCCCGAGUUCGGCGGGCCCGGCUUCCCGCAGAAGUACCCCUUCACGACGGCCCUGGGGCUCGCCGUGUCCGGGAUGUAUCUGGAGGGGGCGUUCUAG